AUGGGUAACCAGUAUGUGAAGCCGCCCAGGGAAGGCAAUUCGCCAUAUACACGGUCUGGUAUACCCCCUCCAACAACAUUGAAGAAAUCUGGUUCCGAUCUGCCCAGUCAUCGGUUCAAUGACCCAAUGUCGUUGGAGCUGCAUAUGGCUGACGAGCGUGUGCGAGCUGCUGGUUUGAGUCCAGCUGAAAGAGAGUGGCGAAUGAAAUGGGUGAAGAUUUUGAAGCAUUGUGCUGCUUUGAAAACUUGA